AUGAGUAAAACUCCUUCAACUAGUUACUCAGUGAAUCAGCCAAACUCCUCUGAGAGUGAACAGAGUUUAUCUACCCGCCAUUUCAACGUUACCGAACCUGUAGUGGCCAAACGGAUCUGUUUCUAUAAAAGUGGAGAUCCUCAGUUUAGUGGAAUCAAAAUGGUCAUUAAUAACCGGUCUUACAAAACAUUUGAUGCCUUGCUGGAUAGCUUAUCCAAAAGGGUCCCAUUACCUUUUGGAGUAAGGAAUAUCAGUACACCAAAAGGGAGACACUGCAUCACCAAUCUUGAAGACCUUGAAGACGGAAAAUCUUAUAUUUGCUCCCAUCAGAGGAAAAUGAAGCCUAUCAACCUAGAACGGGCUAGCAAAAAGCCAUUGCCCUGGCAGAUCAGUAGGCCCGUCAGCGCUCGCCGUCGUGCUGUGCAGUUAGCAAGGGAGAAUGAAGUUGGAUUUGGACACAGAGAAAAUAAAAUAACAACUCCUAAAAAGAUGCUUGUUUUCAAAAAUGGAGAUGUAAGACUCAGACGCACCAUAAUUCUGGGAAAGAAAAAUACACAAACCUUUGAGGCCUUUCUGGACUAUAUGAGUGAAUUAAUGCAAUAUCCAGUCCUGAAACUAUAUACCACUGAUGGCAGAAAGGUUCCUAAUCUUCAGGCCCUGAUACUGUGCUCUGGAGCUGUAGUCGCAGCAGGGAGAGAGCCUUUUAAACCAAGCAAUUAUGAUUCCCUUGGGUAUUCACAACCAGCUAAAUUGCUUGGAAUUGCAAAUCGUGUGUACCCAAAAGCAAAUGCCAAGUCAGAAAGUGAAAAUAGUAAGAAAUGGAAGGUGUCAGUCCUCACCAGUGAUAUGCCAUCUGCAGAAACAAGUUCAAAGGUUUAUAUUACAUUGUAUGGGGAUCACAGCAGUUCAGGGCCUAUUUUUCUUGAUGGAGAGGAGGGAAAAUUAUUUCAGAGAGGCAAUGAAGACAUCUUCACAGUUCAUACUGGAAACAUAGGAAAUCUUUACAAAAUACGCAUAGGACAUACAAAUUCAGGAAAUUCCCCUGCCUGGCACUGUGAAGAGGUGCAGUUGCUGAACCUUUUCUCGGGGGAGCAGUUUUCUUUCCCUGCACAUCGAUGGCUGGCCUGGGACCAAGCUAAUGGGGAAACAUCCAUGGAGCUUCCUGUUUUCUGUCAGGGUCAGCCUGUUCUUCCAGUGACUGUCUAUGAAGUACAUGUGACAACAGGAGAACUGUGGAAUGCUGGAACAGAAGCUGAUGUCUAUAUUUCUAUCUAUGGAGAAAAAGGUGACACAGGAUCAAGACAGUUGCUCAGAUCACAGAAACCCAAGAAAUUUUUGAAAGGACAAACUGAUAUCUUUUCUGUGGAAGCUGUUCACCUUGGACAUUUGUACAAGAUUGUUAUAGGACACAAUGGUCUUGGAUCAGGAAAUGGAUGGUAUCUGGACAAAGUAGUAAUCAAGGAUCCUAUAACAGAUCUGGAUUAUACUUUUCUUUGUCACAGAUGGCUGGACAGUGGGCAGGAUGAUGGCAACAUUGCUAGAGAACUGACCGUGACAGAUGCCAGCACAUUUCCAGGAAGACAAGAGCUGGAACUCAAGAGAGAAGAAACUUGGACUGCCGAAAAGUGGAAAUUCCAGAAAGGCAAUACACUUCAGUUUUACAAUAGGCUCACCGGUGGUUUCAUAUGCCUCAGUCCAGAUAGCAAAGUAGAUGCUCUUGGUGACAAGAAGAACAAAUAUGGUCUUUUUGAUGUAAUUGUCAAAAGGGGAAAUAUAUGCAUAUUCAGCAGUCAUCAGAUACCACAUCUUGCUCUUGCUCUUGUUAAUGGCUAUGCAACUGGAAAGGUAGGAAAUGCUACUUGCUGUGAGCUCCGUGUUCACCUUCAACCAAAUGGUUCUGCCAUUCUUGAGUCAGCCAGGAACCCAGGUCACACAGUUACGUUCAAUCUUCAAGGCAAAGUAGCUGAUGACACAACAGGAUAUGCUGGACUGUCCAGAGAAUUUGUUGUGCAUGUCAAGGGUGUGUUUCAUCAUGGUGCCAUCAUUCUGCUCAACACAAGUCUCUGCCAGGCUCUGUCCCUCAGACCUGACGGGAACUGCAGUGGAACAGGUCAGCAGCAGCAUGAAUCCUACUGGAAAGUACAUAAAAUCGGCUCUGGAGUCUGCAUGUUUGAGAGUGUGAGAAACCCAAGAAUGUACCUGAAGAUCAAAGAUGGCCAGUGUAAUGGAACAGGCACGGGUGAUGAAUACUGUCAUUUUAAAAUUGAGAAGAAUUUGGAAGCUGGAUCUGUAAGUCUAGAAUCAGUGCGAAAUAAAGGGAUGUAUGUUGGUCUCCUGCCAGAUGGUCAGACUAAGCCAGUCAUUAACAUUGGAGAGAACAACAUUUUUUUCUACCCACAGGUCAUCAAAUUUGGCCGGGAAAAGCCUAUGGGAACAUCUGCAGCACCCAAUCAGGAAAAGAAAGGCUUCAGAGAAUCUGAACGCCAACCAGCAAAAGCCCAGAAGCAAGUAUCCCUUCCCUCAUCCACCAAGCGCGAAAUGAGAAAUCCCCAAGGUGGUGAGUGUCCCCCUUCUUCAGCUGAGGAAUGGAAAGUGUCAAUGAUGACAGGAAAUGCAGGAACUCAAGUAAAUGUCACUCUCUGGAUAUAUGGAGACAGAGGAGCAUUUGGACCAAUAACUCUUGGCAAGGACAACAGAAAGCAGCUGUUUCUUCCCAGGCAGGAGGAUGAAUUUCAGGUUAAAAUAAAAAGUGUUGGGAAUGUCUACAAGAUAAGAAUUGAACUCGAUGAAUUACCAAAUGAGCAGUCAGAGUGGAACUUACAGAGUGUGACACUGCAACAUCUGAUGAGUAAGAAAACUCUGAAUUUUCCAGCAAACACAUGGUUUUCAAAGAAUAGUGUUGACAGAGAUUUUGUCUUUGAACUUCCAGUAGUGGAAGCUGGAAAACCUAUCUAUCCAAUUGUUUUAUACCAUGUUUAUGUCUACACUGGUGACUUGGAGCAAGCUGAUACAGAUUCUGCUGUUUAUCUGUGUAUCUAUGGAAAAAGAGGAGAUUCUGGUCUAAGACUUCUGCAUAAAUCUGGUAUACCAGUGAAAUUUCGGAGAGGAAAGGUCAAUGCUUUUGAAGUGGAAGCUGUAUCUCUUGGAAAACUGCAGAAGGUGCUGUUGCGCUGUGAGGCUAAUUCUAAGUCCCAGUAUUGGUACUGUGAUAAAGUCAUUGUCAGAGAAGCUGAGAACAACUUGGAAUAUGUUUUCAAUUGCGAAAGGUGGCUUCCAUUUAUGUCCCAAGGUGUAAUUCAUUCAGAAAUUGAUCUGUAUCCUCAAGAAAUUCAAGUAAAUCAGCAGCUGAAAAUGCAACAAGAAACAAAUGAAGGAGACUGGAAGAUUACUGUAGUCACUGGGGAUUUUGAAACAGCUGGCACAACAGCAACAGUAUCCCUUUAUGCUUAUGGAGAAAAGAAAGCUUCUGGCCCUAUUAUUUUGGGAUCUGGGAAACACCAGCUGUUUAAUCCCAACAGUGAAGAUACAUUUAAGAUUAAUCUCAGGGAUCUUGGGCAGCUAUAUAAAAUCCGCAUUGGCCAUGAUAACACUGGAAAUGAUCCCAGCUGGUACCUGGAGGAAGUCAGACUUGAAAGACUAGUCCCUCUUUCUCAAGAAGAGAUUUGUCUACCCAUAGAGUGCUGGCUUGCAGAAGACAAGGGUGAAGGUGAUACAUGGAGAGAAUUGGCAAUAAGAAACCCCACAAAGGAACUUUUGCCAUUGCUGGUGUAUGAGAUCCAUGUAUACACAGGGGCUAAACUUGGUGCUGAAGCAGAUUUUAAUGUCUAUAUCAAUCUUAUUGGGACAAGAGGAGAUGCUGGCAAAAGGAAGCUUCACAGAUCUAAGAACAAUAAUGUAAAGUUUCAACACGGACAGAUGGACAUUUUUUUCAUAAAGGCUGUCUCACUGGGAGACUUGGAGAAAGUUCUGAUUAGCCAUGAUGGAGCUGCUCCAGGCAAUGGAUGGUUCCUGGAUAAGAUUGUGAUCAAAUAUAAAGAAGGAAAGGAAGCUCAGGAGGUUGUAUUUCCUUGCAACAGAUGGUUAGAUGAAUAUCAAGAUGAUGGGAAAACUCAGAGAGAGCUAACUGCCAAAACUCAACAGUGGAGAGUGCAGGUUAAAACAGAUGGAGAUUCCCCAGAACCACAGGAUUGUAAAAGGACCCUUGUGAUUUAUGGCUCAAAGGGCAAAAGUGAUAAGAUCCUGCUUUCUCCACAAAGACCAGGACAUGUGUGUUUUCUACCCAGAGCAACGGAUGAAUUCAUUGGUCCUGCUCACAUUGCUAGUAAGAGAACAGAAGGAAAUAAAGAAGGCAACCUCACCCAUGGUGAAGAGAAGGAUGGAUUGGCCUAUCAUACUCAUCCUAGCCAUAGAGCAUCUCCAUUGGUUGAUGUUAAGGGAUUCUACACAGCUGGGGAAAUCUCUGUUGAGACUGGAGAUGUGGGAGAUGUAUACAAGAUUCGGGUCAGCUGUGAUGAUGUGCCAGGCUUUGAGGGCUGGCAUUUGAAGUCUUUCCACUUAGAAGAGCUACAUGCAAAACAAAAACUAAACUUUGACUGUAACUGCUGGCUCUCUAUUAGCAAAGAAGACAAGGAGCUUGUGAAAGAAUUCCCUGCAGUCAAUGAGGACCAGAAAACUUUACCAGUCCAUAAAUAUGUUGUCUCUGUACAUACUGGUGACUGCUGGGGAGCAGAAACCUUUGCAAAUGUUUAUAUCACUCUUUAUGGGACAAGAGGCGACACCGGUGUAAGGAAACUCCAUACAUCGUUAACACCAGGAAGAAAAUUUCAAAGGAGCAAGGUGGAUUCAUUUUUGGUGGAAGCUGUUUCUCUCAGUCAUUUGCAAAAAGUGGUUAUAGGGCAUGAUGGAGAAGGAUAUGGGGCUGGCAUGUACCUCAAGAUGAUAACAGUCAGGGAAUCACAAGACUCAGACAAAGAAUGGGUCUUCCCAUGGUGGAACUGGCUUGAUACUCAUCUGGGAUCAUGUGAGACUGUUUGUGAGAUAGUUACAGUUGGUAGAAGAUUGAUUUCUUGUCCUAAGCUGCCUGAAAUCAACAUGCAGUCAUCAGGUCUCUGGAUAAUGGACAUCACUGGAUCUGACUUGAGCAAUGAAGUGGAUCCAUUACACCUUUCUUUCAUCUUCUAUGGCAACCUGAAUCACAAAAAGUUGCCACUUCAAGUUACAGGAAAAGCAAUUCAAAUCAAAGAUGAACUGGCAGAUAUUGGCUCACUCUACAAAGUUCAGGUAACUGGACCACAUAGUGAGCUAAAACAGCCAUGGAACUUAGAUUUACUGCAUAUGAAGCACACAGGCACAAAGGAAGAGAUGUAUUUAGCUUUUGACUGCUUGUUCAACCCUAAUGAAGACAAAUGUGUGGAACUGCCAGCUCUCUAUGCAGAUCAGGAGCCUUUGCCUGAUGAGUGGUUCUUGGAAAAAAUUGUUAUAAAAGAAGUCAGCUACCCUUUUUCUUCUCACGUCUUUGCUCACAAUGACUGGAUCAAUAAAUGCUCUAAGAAAGAUUUUGUAGAAGUGGUAAUUCCGCUCAAAGAAAUGUCUGUGACAUCUCUUCUUACAAAACAAAUUGAUACUAAAAGUAGAGGACGAUGGCAAAUGUGGGUACACUGUACACAGGUACCAGAAGACGUGCCUGAUAUUCAGGUUGUUGUAUUUGGAAGAAGAGGGAAAUCUCCUGCACAGAAAGUUCAGAAUCUGAAUGAUAAUCCAUUUUUGUUGACUGUUGGAGAUAUUGGAGAUAUAACAAAAGUUUCCUUUGUGUUAUCCAGUCCAUGUUUGGGAAGAGGAAUUAAACUUCACAAGCUUCGGCUAAAAGAUCUGGACACUAAACAAGACUUGGGCUUUUUCACUGAAGCCCAGUGUCUGUUUGGAGAAGAUGGAUCUGAGACUGUGACAGAGCUAGCAGCAGUCAGACCAGAAAAAGCACCACUCAGGGAAGUUCUUUACUCAGUCAGUGUUCAUACGGGAACAUUGCCUGCAUCAGGGACUGAUGCAGACAUAUUUAUCACAAUAUUUGGAGAGCAGGGAGAUUCCUGCAAAAGAAGGCUAAACCACUCACAUUUUGAAAGAGGACAGAUGAUGCAGAUGGUAAAAUGCCUGUUGGUGCAAAGAGCAAUUGCACAUUGUCAUGGAAGACAACCGGUCAGUAUUUCUGAGAUGAGAGCAGUAGACCUUGGGCAGUUAAGCCAAGUGCUUGUUGAGCACAAUAAUGUGGGUUAUGGAGCUGGAUGGUACCUGGAUCGGAUUGUCAUCCGUGAAUCAGGCAAGACUGAUGGCCAAUAUGCAUUUCUUUGCCAGCAAUGGUUAGACAGUGGAGUUGGCGAUGCACAGAUGGAAAGAAUGUUGAGACUUCUUGGAAAAGUCAGGAAUGGAAUGCUGACAGGAAAGAUUCAUGGGACGUGGGAUGUCUUUGUCACAACUAGUGAUAUUUCUUCUAGUUCCUUGAAUCCUAAAAUGUCUCUAACUGUGUGUGGUGAAAAAGGUGCCUGUACUUCAGUCAUAUUUGCAAAAGGAUCACUUAAAAAAAAACAGGUCUAUGAGACUUCAAUUGAACUAAAUAAGAAAUUCAGUACUAUAUUCAAAGUUCGCCUAGAAAUUGAAGAAGCUGGAGAAGGAGAGACUUGGCAUUGCCGUGAGGUAAAGCUUCAACACAGAGAAAGUAAAAAUGUUCUGGAAUUUCCAUUUCGUUGCAACUUUGCAGAUGAUGGAGUAAGAGUGGCUGAGUGUCCAGUUCUCACAGACUGUUCUCCUUUUCCAGCAGUGAAAAGCUAUGUUCUCUACAUCACCACGGGAGCAUCUCCUGGCUCAGGAACAGACGCAGAUGUGUAUGUCACGCUGCAAGGCAUUUUGGGAGAUACUGGCAGACGAAAAUUAGUCAGAAAAGGAGAUGAUAAUUUCACUAAAGGAAAGGUAGAUAUUUUUCGAGUGGAAGCAGUAGAUAUCGGGACUCUGCAAAGGAUAGUGGUCGAGAAAGGCAAAGGCUCUGACUGGCUUCUAGAGAAGAUUACUGUGAAAGAGUCAGCAGCUGCUGCAAAAGAAACAUUGUUUAUGGCUCAAACAUGGCUUAAAGACAGACGUGAUGGAAAAUGUAACUCAGUAACUCUGAAUGCCACAGUUAUCAUGGAUGCUGUUGAACUGGGAGAACUGGACAAAGUUGUUCUUUUAAUCAGCAGUAAAACAGACUGCAAACUGGACAUUAAAAAAUUGCAUUUGAAAGAAGCUUUAAAGAAUCAUCCUAUCUAUGUGUUUGAAGUGAAUGAAAUAUUUUCUGUGGAUCCAAAUAAGCCAGAAAUACAGAGAGAGAUCCCAGUAUCUUUUAUUAUUACAGGAGAUGAACAAAAGAAUGGCACAGAUAACAACUUAAAUGAAGAAGGAAGUCAAGCAGAAAAUCAGACAGAGUAUACUAUUAAAGUAUACACAGGUGACAAAAGGGGAACAGGAACUGAUGCCAAUGUGCAUAUUAUUUUAUUUGGGGAUGAGGACAAAUCUGAGGUAUUUCACCUCUCUCAGUCACUGGAGCAUCAAGAUCCCUUUGAAAGAGGAAAGGUUGAUACAUUCAAGAUUAAGACAAAAAAAUUAGGAAGCCUACAUUCCAUUGAAGUUGGUCAUGAUGGAAAAGGACUUGGAAGUGGCUGGUUUCUGGAAAAAGUAGAAAUCACAGAUGCAUCUAGGAAUUCAGUGUAUUGCUUCAACUGUAACAGGUGGCUUGCUGAGGAUGGAAGUGAAGGCAGCACUGUGGUGCAACUUUAUCCAUAG